AUGAAAGUCCAACUAACCAAUAGUAGAACCGAGGAAAUCUUAAAGGCUCGAACCGAUACUGAAAAUAACGAAGUAAGCAAAGCUACCCCAGACGAAGUUGAAGAAUCACUAAGAUUGAUCGAUGAUUUAAAAUUCUUCUUAGCUACAGCGCCGGUAAAUUGGCAAGAAAACCAAAUUAUAAGGCGAUAUUACCUGAACAGUGGGCAAGGUUUUGUUUCUUGUGUAUUCUGGAAUAAUUUAUAUUAUAUUACAGGCACAGAUAUUGUCAAAUGCUGCCUCUAUAGAAUGCAAAAAUUCGGGAGAGAUGUGGUUCAGAAGAAAAAAUUUGAAGAGGGUAUAUUUUCAGAUUUAAGAAACCUAAAGUGUGGUAUAGAUGCUACUCUAGAACAACCAAAAUCUGAGUUUUUAUCAUUUCUGUUCAGAAACAUGUGCUUGAAAACCCAAAAAAAGCAAAAAGUAUUUUUUUGGUUUAGUGUGGCACAUGAUAAGUUAUUUGCAGAUGCACUGGAAAGAGAUUUGAAAAGGGAAAGUCUAAAUCAACCUUCUACCACCAAGCCCGUCAAUGAACCCGCUUUAUCAUUCUCAUAUGAUUCUUCCUCUGAAAAGCCUCUUUACGAUCAACUGCUUCAGCAUUUAGAUUCUAGAAGGCCGUCGAGUGCAGUAAAAUCUGACGAUUCGCCCACAAAGUUAGAAAAUGAAGAUUUUAAGGAUAGCGGUUUAGUGACUGUGACAAACCAGCCACUUUUAGAUGUUGAUCUCAUGGAUAACACAGUAGCAGCUUCCCCUCAAAUUAAUGACUUCACACCUCAAAAGUUGAUCAUAGAACCCAAUAGCCUGGAACUAAAUGGUCUUGCAGAAGAACCAUCUCACGUUUUAUCCAAGAAUGCUGUUAAGGGCGGGGACGAGGAAGAUUUCCCUCUCGACUAUUUCCCUGUAUCGGUUGAGUACCCUACGGAGGAAAAUGCGUUUGACCCAUUUCCUCCACAAGCUUUUACGCCCGCUGCACCUUCCAUGCCUAUGCCAUAUGACAACAUGGGUGAAAGAGAGUCUAUGCCCGUGAAUUCCCUUCUUAAUAGAUACCCAUAUCAAUUAUCUGUGGCGCCCACUUUCCCAGUGCCAGCAUCUUCAUCAAGACAGCAUUUUAUGACUAAUCGAGAUUUUUAUUCAUCCAAUAACAAUAAAGAGAAAAUGGUAUCUCCUAGCGAUCCCACGACUUAUAUGAAAUAUGACGAACCCAUAAUAGAUUUCGAAGAACCUCGACUAAAUGAAAACAGUACAAAUCCUAAAGCGCAUGGCUCCACCCAGCAAAAUAAGCAACAUCAAAUGUAUUCAAAUAACUUUCAGCAAUCUUAUCCGAAUGGCAUGGUCCCAGGAUACUAUCCGAAAAUGCCAUACAAUCCUAUGGUAGGAGAUCCGCUACUUGACCAAGCCUUUUAUGGGGCAGACGAUCUUUUCUUUCCUUCUGAAGGGUGUGAUAACAAUAUGUUGUAUUCACAAAAUGCAAAUUCAUGGAAUGUUUUACCUCCUCAAGCUAUGCAACCGGCCCCAACUUAUGUACCCCGGCCAUACACACCAAAUUAUAGAUCAACACCCGGGUCAGCAAUGUUCCCAUUCAUGCAGAAUUCAAACUCAAUGCAAUGGAAUGCUGCAGUCUCGCCAUACAAUUCAAGAGCGCCAUCUACUACUACUAAAAACUAUCCUCCGAAUACGUUUUAUCCUCAAAAUGUUAACCAAUACCCCCGGCGAAGAACUACCGGGAUGAAGAUUUCGCAAGGGAAUGCUUCAACGAACAGCAAACAAUCCAUAAGCAAAUCCGCGAAAAUUUCAAAGCCUCUCCAUAUUAAGACAAGUGCCUACCAGAAGCAAUACAAAAUAAACCUGGAAACCAAGACUAAACCAAGUGAUGAAGACCUCACUCAUCCGGAAAAGCAUAAAGAAUUUUCGAUGCCAACCCCGGAUUCGAAUACUUUGGUAAUUCAGCCAGAGGAGGGUAGAGAUGAUUCGUCUGAUGCAGAAAUGGGUGAGUGUUCUAAAAAAUCUACCUGA